UCCACAUUUCCCCCUUCUCAUAAAAAAUCAGAUUCAUCUUCUUCACAUAAAAAGCUUCUCUUCUUCCCAAAAUCGUGAUCAUGUCUCAAAAUAAUCGUCUCCUGAAAUGGACGUAGCCUGAAGAUUAAGUACUGUGCAAGACAUGGAUUAAAAUUUUGAGGAUGGUGUCAUCGGCCAUCAUCAAUGCAUGAUUGAAAUUUGUAGGCGAGGUUGCCUCGCAUUUUUGGAUAAAAGAUGGGGGAUAUAGCAUUCUAACAAAGGCUUGAUUUCUCGAUGGAAGACCACCUCCAUCAAUGUGGUCGUGAAAUGCGAAGUCGAGGAAAGCAAACAUCUUGAGUGGUGUUUUAUCUACCUAUCAUUAUUUGAGGAGCAUUUUGUAUUGAACCUUAAUUAGACUACUCAACCGAGUUGUAGAAGGAGUAUAUAGGUAAGGUUGUGAGGUCGGCGACUAAUGUAACUGCAGAAACUAUCCUACUGCAAGCUAAUAAGAAAACCUGAGAACUCAUGUUCUCAGUGGACUAGUCUCGUUCCUAUUGAAACGGAAAAACUUGAUACCUCUCUUGGUCUCGACAAGUUCAUCGAGAGGGGGUGACAACGUGUGUUUUGACUACCCUACGGCGCAAAAGGGCUACAGGGUUUUCGAUCUGCAGUCGCGAAGCAUUUAUUCUUCUCGAGACGUGCGGUUUGUGGAGGACGUUUUCCCUUUUUGCAUUGCUAAUGGACUGAAUGAUGAGAUUGAUUCACCAUCCAAAGACUUUCCUACUCUCUAUACAGAUCGUGAUGAUAUAGAUGAUGGUCUAGUUAGGAAUAAUGAAGAGUCUACUCAACAUGACGAAGACCUUGGGCCAGUUGAUAAGAAUUUGCAUGAAGACCAUGCACAAGAGGAGAACCUUGAUGUCCAACCCAUUGGAUGAUGAAGCAGACAGUGCAGCGACCUCUGAAGUUGAUGCCACACCUCCUUUGCUACGAGGAACGCAAGCUGAACACCCCCCACCUGGUUUGGUUGAUAUAUACGAUAAUCAACUCCCAGGAAAGGAGCAAGUAUUUGAAUCUACUUAUCCACUUGCCAAUCAUGUUAGUUAUCCUCGUGCUCACUGUGCUUAUCUUGUAGCUUUACCCAAGAUUGAAGAACCCAAAUCCUUUCAUUAGGCUAUCUAGACCCCAGGUGGCGCGCAUCCAUGCAGAUAGAAGUAACAGCUCUCGAGGAAAACAACAUGUGUAACCUUGAGUAUUUACCACCUGGGAAGAAAGCCAUUGACUUGAAUUGGGUGUUCAAAAUAAAAUACCGACCUGAUGGUUCGGUGGAACGAUUCAAAGCUUGGUUGGUUGCAAAGGGAUUCACCCAGCUAGAGGAAGUGUAUUUCUGUGACACUUUUGCCCCGAUGGCCAAGGUGGUCACUAUUUGUUUACUAAUUGCCAUUGCAGUUAGCAAAGGCUGGCCCCUAUAUCAACUGCAUGUGAACAAUGCCUUUUUGCAUGGAGAUCUUGAAGAAGAGAUGUACAUGAAAGUGCCACAGGGUUUUGAUAAAGAGGGUGACAACAACGUUUGUAGGUUGAGGAAAUCUCUAUAUGGGUUGAAGCAGGCAUCAAGGAAUUCGUACCAGAAGUUUACACUGGCAUUGGGUAGCUUAGAUUUCAGCCAUCGCGAGCAAAUUAUUCUUUACUGAUUCGUCGUCUAGGAAAGAGCUUUGUGGUAGCUCUUAUAUAUGUAAUGACGUUAUUCUCACAUGGAAUGAUGACACCUUCAUAAAUGGAGUCAAGGAGUUUCUAGCCAAGAAGUUCAGUAUCAAGGAUCUUGGAAAUCUGAAGUACUUUCCAGGGAUAGAGGUGGCGUGUUCAGAUGAGGGAGUAAUCUUGAUCCAAAGAAAAUACUUUGGACAUCUUUAAAGAUGCAGGAGUAACAUGAGCACGUCCCAACAACUUCCCAAUGGAGCAAAACCACAAUUUGACUUGGCCAACUAAUGAGGCUGGAGAAGAUGCGAGUGGCUAUAGUAGGAUGAUCGGGCGGUUGUUGUACUUGAUUGUGAGGAGACCCGAUAUAUCCUACUCGGUAAACAUACUAUAACAAUUCAUGCACCCUCCUAGUCCUGAACAUAUUGCGGCGAAUACGAGGAUUAUGUGAUAUUUGAAGACAACAAUUGGUCAAGGUUUGUUUUUCUCGGCUAAUGGAGAUCUAGAACUCGUAGCUUAUUGUGAUGCAGACUGGGCAGGGUAUAAAAAAAUGUGACAAUCUACCAUCGGUUAUUACAUACAGCUUGGUGGGGCACCGAUCUCGUGCCAAAAGAAGAAACAACGGGUUGUCUCUGGGUCUUCCGCUGAAGCAGAAUACAAAGCCAUUGCGAGCAUAGUGAGCGAAGUUCUCUGGCUACGUUUCUUGCUCGGGGAACUUGGAGUUCCUCAUACCGGAGCUAAUCCUCUCUUUUGUGAUAAACAUGCAGCACUAAAUAUAGAUGCUAAUCUGGUCUUUGAUGAACCAACUAAAUACGUCGAGAUGGACUGUUAUUUCAUUGACGAGCAGGUUUAGUCACGAGAGGUCAUUCCCCAAAAGAUCAACACCACCUCUUAGUUAGCAGAUAUCUUUACGAAGGCGUUGGGCACAUAUUGGUUCUAUUUCCUGUUGUGCAAGCUCGGCAUUUGAGACCUUCAUGCUCCAGCUUGAGGGGGAGUGUUGAGUGGUGUUUUAUCUACCUAUUGUUAUUUGAGGACCAUUUUGUAUUUAACCUUAAUUAGAUCUAUUACUCAGUCGAUUUGUAGAAGGAGCAUAUAUGUAAGGUUGUGAGAUCGACGACCAAUGUAACUGUAGAAACUUUCUUACUGCAAGUUAAUAAGAUCCCGUCCACGAUCUGUGCUCUUCUGGCUGCAAACUAGUCCGUCCUCCGAUUGCCUAUAAAUGGGAGACCUCUUUCCCCCUUUUAGAUGAGCUAAUUUGGAGAGAAGAAUUUAUGGUUUUAGAAAGAGAGGGGAGAGAGAAGCUGAACGAAAGAGAUUAGGAGAAGAAUGAGCUAGAAGAGAGAUAGCAUCUUCCUCAACCUCAAGUCUUCUUCAAUUUCUUCUAUGUAUCUUCUUCCCUCCUUUAUGGAGUAAUCCUCUAAGGUACUAGGGGCUCUAAACCCCAAAAUGCUAGUUUUUGGGUUUACUAUGUAUGUAUGGAUAUUUUAGGGUUUGAAUGAAUGAAUGUGUUUAUCUAGUUGAUUCUAUCCUUGAUUAUGUUUGGGUAAGUCGCCCUAAUAUUCUCUAUUAGCCUACUUUAUGCUUCUACGCUGGGUAUGGAGUUUUAGGGUUAGACGGGUAUGCGCCAUUAAGCAAAUCGAGGUAGAUGUAUGAAUAGUGACCUAAGGUGGUCGAGGCGACCGAACCCACCCUAUAGGUAGCCAUCCGAGAUAGAACCCGAGAUAAAACUUUGGUUUGGAC